AGGUGGGACACCCUGGGCAGCAGGCGUGCCCCCGCUGACGUCACGUUACCAGGUGACGGGAGAGACGCUGAGAUUAGCAGAGAUGCGGAAGCUGCGAGUCGCCGCGCAUGCGCAGUGAGGGCGCCUGGGACACUCCGCACGAUCUGGCUGCUGCAAUAGCCGGGGACCUGGCAACGCUGUUAUUAGGCGCGGGCAGGUGCUGCUGGGGGAAUGGAGGAGGCCGAAGAGGUAGAUGUGCCGGAGUAUUAUGUGGAGGAGGAUGAGGAAGAAGAAGAAGAAGGAGAGGAAGGCUGUAAGGAGUUGUAUGAAUUCCAGCCUCUCCCCACGUUGCUGGAAGAUGAGGAAAACGUGUCCUUGGCUGAUAUUUUGUCACUACGAGAUAACAGUCUCGCUGAGCAGGAUAUUUGGGCAAUCUGCCUGGAGUGCUGCUAUUCCAUGAAGGACAUCUCUCACGCAGCCAUCUUCCAGACGCUCUGCAUUACCCCAGAUACUUUGGCGUUUAACACCAGCGGCAAUGUCUGUUUCAUGGAGCAGCUAAGUGAUGAUCCUGAAGGCGCUUUUGUACCUCCAGAAUUUGAUCUGACUGGUAACACGUUAGAGGCACAUAUAUAUUCUCUGGGCGCGACUCUGAAAGCAGCGAUAGAAUUUGUGGUAGACCCAGAUUCUGAAAUCACUUUCUGUCAAGACUUAAAUUCUUUACUAGAUUCUAUGCAACAGGAAAAUCCCGCAGACAGACCAGACAUUGAGAGUAUUAUCUCCCUUUGUGAAGAAAAGAUUAAUGAUUCUUCCUCAUCCAUUUGUCGAAGCCUCUCUUCCAUUGGCAGAAGAGUACUCUCUAUAGAAUCAGUCAGCGCUUUUCAAGAUGGCUGGGAAAGUCUCUGGAAGGGGAUCCACAAGGACAAUUAUGUGAAAGCGCCAAUAACUGAAAAAUGUCCGAGCCAUAUCUUGUCUAUGGCAGACAAUUCCUCUAUUUGUCACGCGAUCUUCACCUCAGCAAAUGAAGAAGAGCAUCAAAAUGGAUGGAGAGAAACGGACUUUAAAAUUGAGAAACCGUGCUUCUCUCCAAAUUCAUUUGGACAUUACCUCAAGAAAAACAAGAGGGCAAAAUCGCCCUCUUCAGAAAAGUUUGAGAACUUUGAGAGGGAAAAAGUUGAAGAUGAAAUGGCAAAACUUUAUUUAAAAAAACACAGAAGAAAUAAACACUCCUCUGUGGUAAAUCUUGUAGAUAAACAUUCUCUUUCCCCGUCGCCGCCUGGUGUUGGAAUGGUCUCUUUGAAAAGCUGGCCAUCUUUUCCUAGUUGUCUGUCUCCAAAUGAAAACAGCGGAGACCAAGAUAAUUCAGAAGAUGGGCAAACAAGUCAACCAACAAAUCCUACGCACUUUGCAAAUUUGAAUCUCCACACGUCACACCACACAGACUGUUUAUCCCCUCUCGGACAAUCAAAGUGCCAUUCUCAGGUUUCCUAUGAGAAUCUAGUUAUGGCCCUUGAACAGGAAAACCAGCAAUAUCUUUGUUCAGAAAGAAACAAAAUAAUAAAAAAAUAUGCAACAUCUGAGGAUUCUGUUUCAGACUCAGCUGUAAUAAAUACACCACCACAAUACAACAAAGACCAUAAAACCUUUACUUCUGCACCAGUUUAUCAUGAGGAUGUUUUAUCUGCUUCAAGAAACGUUAAUAGCCCGGAACUAGAUGCUGAUAUCAGCGGUGGGAAUGAAUCAGCUGCCUUAAAUGAGGACCAGCGGUGGGUUUCCCUAAAAGAAUUUUUAACAAACUACAGAAAGCCCUUACAAGAAGAUGAGCUGUGGGCUUUGUGCCAUGAGUGUUUAUAUACGUUACAGACAUACGUUGAUUACCCAGCGAUCUUAUGUCUAGAAUCUGUGCUUAUUGAUCAAAAUGGAGAGGUUCUCAUUGUUACUCCUCAGAAUGGAGAGCCUUAUGAUGCGUUUUGCGUACCCCCGGAGUAUGGCCCAGAUGGAGAUGAAGUUGGAACGGAGAAGACCUGUGUUUAUGGGAUCGCAGCUAUUAUAUGGUCAGCGGCUAAGUUCAAUUUCCCCACAAAUCACAAGCUAGCUCUGCCUAAGAAGCUAAAGCGCUUAUUCCUGCAGAUGGCAAAGAGGGAUGCUGACGAGAGGCCAAGUUUAGCGGAGGUUCUACAGAUUUGCAGAAAGUAUCUACAACAAAAGAAUCUUGACAGUAGGAAAAUUUGGGAACACUUAAUCAGUUUUGCAGAUCAGAGCAUGCACAAUUGCUUGUAUCAUGAGGAGACCGGUCCCCACGACUCAGAAUCUUCAACAGGGUUUGUACCAGUCACAACAAAUAAGAAAUUGAUGGCGGUGAAAGGACCGGUUCCACUGAACAGCGUCCAUGCAAAUCUACCAGCUGCGUUUACUUCUCCAGCCACGUACUUUAAACCAAUCGUUAUUUUGCAAAAUUCGGACAUCAACAGCAAUGAAAUUACAAACCCAUUGCCUUGUACUAAACCGUGCGUUACUACAGAAGAUGCAGGUUCCAUAGAAGUAACUGACAUAGAGAACCAUGCGGAUGAAGAAACAAGAAGCCAAAGCUGUAAAUCCCACAAUGGCUCUUUCAGGACCCAAGUUUCCAUCAAACCUGAUUCCAGACUAUCAGAUGGUUCAUCUGAUCGAAAAGAGAAGGUUCCUUCAGCAGCAUCAUCGGUCUCUUCAGACUCCUCAACCCUGACGAGCAGCCCAAUUGUAAAUAAUUAUUUGUUAAAACAGGAUCCUAAAACUGGCAAUCUCACACUUGUUCGUGUACAGCUGAGUAUUCCAGAGCAUAUACCGAAUCUGUCGCUGGAGGCUGAGCCAGUAUCCCAGAGCAUUAAAGCAUGCACUGUGCUCUCUCCAAGCACUAUUACUCAAAGUGACUCUGUUAGUAAUGUCUGCGAGAAUGGUAUACCUCUUCCAGCUCCUUCUCUUGACAAGUGCAGAGACCUUCAAUGCAAACCCAAUGCUGUGUUGGAUGGUUUGCCUGUUUCCAAUGGCUCACUCGCUGUCAGUCCGGACAUUACUCAGACUGCUCAGGAUAACCAUUCCACCAACACUUUGCCAGAGACUGUAGUUAAUGGAGAUUCUCAGACGAGAAGAAACGCAUGUUCUCCUUUGCAGAAAGUGGUCAACCUCUUACACGACGAGUUUGCAUUUGAUGGCUACUUAGAAAACGGUGUUGAAGAUAUUGCAAUGGGGGAAUAUAUAUUUGCCCUGAAGGGUCUUCAGCAUACUACGUUCUGCAGUGCAAUAUGUGAGAAGUUUUGUGAUCUAUAUUGGGAUGACCACCUGCUUGAAAAUCUCUACAAGAUCAUUAAUGGAAAAUUCCCCCAACCUAUCAGAAAAGUGGGCACAGAUUUAUCUCUGCACCAAAGUCCUGCACAGCUGUUAAAAAAGAUUCAAAGGAAAUCUCGCAAAUACAGAAAGGAAGGGAAACAGUCUGCAAAUGAGCAGACACAGAUAAACGAGUGUGAAGAUUCUCUGGCUACUACAGAACUGGAACGGACUUCUACGUCCUGCCAGCCGCCCUCUGCAGAUGAUGCAGACCCUGCUGAUAAUACAAACUCUCCAUGGGAAUAUAUAUUUGCCCUGAAGGGUCUUCAGCAUACUACGUUCUGCAGUGCAAUAUGUGAGAAGUUUUGUGAUCUAUAUUGGGAUGACCACCUGCUUGAAAAUCUCUACAAGAUCAUUAAUGGAAAAUUCCCCCAACCUAUCAGAAAAGUGGGCACAGAUUUAUCUCUGCACCAAAGUCCUGCACAGCUGUUAAAAAAGAUUCAAAGGAAAUCUCGCAAAUACAGAAAGGAAGGGAAACAGUCUGCAAAUGAGCAGACACAGAUAAACGAGUGUGAAGAUUCUCUGGCUACUACAGAACUGGAACGGACUUCUACGUCCUGCCAGCCGCCCUCUGCAGAUGAUGCAGACCCUGCUGAUAAUACAAACUCUCCAUGUUCCAAGACGCAGGUGGUCGCUGACACAGACGAGAUAGAUGUGACUGAUUUCCCACCACUGAUCACUGAGAAGGAUCAACAGCCACAAAGUCCCAGAUUGCCGACAGAGCCUGAAGAGGACUUUGUGUUCCCCGAAUGUAACAGUUUGUGCGCCAGUCCAGACUCCAUAGAGGAAAACGAAGAAACUAGUGUGGAAUCACUAAUGAAUCAACGCGAAAAUAUGUCCGUUUGUCCAUCUGAGGUGUACAAGUGCGGCUCCGGCUGGUCCAGCGCGUUUUAUGGAGCGGAGUUGUUUGAUCCUGAUGUCCAGCAUUAUGUCAGCAUACUUGGAAGACAGAAAGACAAGUGUUCUAAGAGCAUAGAGGCCAAGCGGCUGGAACUUGAGCAACAGCUUAUGAUUGAAACAAAAAAUUAUAGGAAAACCAUUAAGCUUUACCAGAACUUGAUGCCGAAAGGAAAGAAGCAUAAAGGUUCUGAAGUAAAAGAAUUGUUACCCAAGCUUAAAAGCCAUUUGGAAGAAAUGAAAUCCAAGGUGCAGUUCCUUGAACUGGCCAAAAAAUUACUUCAGGUUUCCUAUGCAGAACAGUGGGGGCUUGAGUCACGGGACCUUCCUACGGUAGCGAACCUUGCAAGUCUUGAGUCUCUGAGCUCCUCCGAAGAUGAUGCCUUUUUGCUUACAUAUAAUGAAAAAGGUCAUACCCGGCACAACACCUCAACAAAUCUACAAGCUGGAACCACUCUUGGGCUGCUGGCCCACCUCUACAUGAGGAAUUCAGUUUUGGAUGGUUAUGUCCAGCAGUUGCUCUACACCUUCCGCUAUUUCUGUUCCCAGGAGGAUCUGCUGCAAUUUCUUAUUGAUAGGAUAAAUAAUACUUUGCCAAGGGAAGGAACAGACCCAUCUUGUAUGGAUGCAAAAAUCUAUCACCGGUCACUGCUUCUGCUUCAGACCUGGAUUGAAGACUGUUGGCACAUAGACUUCUCCAUGAAUCCUGAUCUUUUAGAUAAGCUGGAAGAUCUGAGUAAUUCCCAGAUUCUCCCAAAAGAUGAGCGUGGUGAGUACCUGGUGUCCCUUCUGCAGGAGGUAUCCAGUAAUAAAUACACCAUUUCCUCUCCCGGCUCCGGAUCCGAUAAAAAGGGUGACACCAAGUCUUUACACUCCCUCUGCACAAAGUUUUCCGAAGAUAAUGUCUCCCGAAAGAGUUUUAACUGGAAGCUCUCUAGAGGCAAUGGGCUCCAUCUACCUCACCCCAGGGAUAAGCAGUACACAAUAUCCGCAGCCCUGCCUCGCCCGUGCUACCCUGGGAUUGUUGAAGAUCUGUCCACAUAUUACAUAAAAGGAGAGGAGACUGGAGCGUGUUCUGUACAUGAUUAUAGUGUGCAGCAGAUUGCGUCUCAGCUGACUUUACUCCAGGAGGAGAUGUUUCAGAAGUGCCAUCCUGUACAUUUCUUGAACUCACGGGCGCUGGGAGUUAGAGACAAAUCCAGCAGUGUGCCAAAAACAUUUUACAUCGAGACUCUUCCUGCUGAAGUUUGCAGUCUGUUCUCGCCAAGCUGUACGCAUGACAAAUACCUGCUGAAGUUGUUGCAGUUUGCAGACAAUGUCAGUACGUGGGUGGCAGCUGAAAUUGUUACGUGUCACACGUCCAAGUUACAGGCAAGCAUAUUGACGAAAUUUCUCCUAGUUGCCAAACUAUGUUAUGAAAGACGAGACUUUGCAUCUGCUGUUCAGAUCCUGGGAGGGCUGGAAAAUCUUAUAGUUCGACAACUACUGGCCUGGAAAAAUUUACCCUCAAAGGUGUCUGAAAUCCUGGAAGAACUGAAAGCGGUUGAGGUUUUUCUGAAGAGUGACAGCUUGUGUUUGAUGAAAGGAGACCGAUUCAGAACGUUACCCACAAUUCCUUCUGCUUACCUCUUAGCGAUGCAUGUUCAACAGCUUGAGACGGGGGGUUUUACUAUGGUAAAUGGAGCAUUUAAAUGGAAUAAACUAAGGAACAUUGCAAAAGUCGUAAGUCAGGUUCACGCGUUCCAGGAAAUCCCAUACUCCUUCACUCCAGAUCCAGACUUGCAGUUUUUCCUCCGGCAACGCAUUUCUAACUUCAGCGAUGCAGAUAUCUCCGUCUUGGCAGCCGACAACCAUGCUAAUCUCCAUCACGUGAACUCCGAAAAGCAUUCUCGUAAGAUACAGGAAACAUUGCGCAGGAUGAAGGCUACGUUUCAGUGAAAGCCAUAGACUGCAAUGUAUCCACACGUUUUGUUUCCCUUCAAAAGAACCAAAGAGUAAAUUAAGUUCUACCCAAGGAUCUGGGUGAUGAAUGGGGCAUGUAGUGGUUGAUUUUUGUCCCUCUAAAUCACAUUGGCUGCAAUAUUAGUUUGGAGGGACACAAAUAUUUACAAAAGGCUCAAGCAUUUAAAUUCCUUUUGCUCCCGGCCUUUGUAGAAAAAUUUUUUUGGGUCCAGUAACCGCGUACCAUAUUCUGUUUCAAUUUGUUCAUGUGUAGGUAUGGGAACGUAAUUCUGCGUCCUUCUAUAAUAUCAAAUGAGAUCUCCACCCUAUUUGGUUUAUUUUAUGUUACCCAAAUUUGAGGAGAUGUUUUCCAAAGCGUUCUCAAUUUUUCAGUUGGUUUUUACUUAAAAAAAAACAAAAAACAAUGGCUUAUGCACAUUACCUUCUGCCUUCUACCUUCUACCUUCUGCCUUACCUAAAGUUCAAGAGGCAGGGUUAUGGCUAUCUAACCAAGGAGCGGAUAUAUUAAGCCUGGAGAAGUGAUAAAGCAGUGAUAAGCGUAAGGUGAUAACGCACCAGCCAAUCAGCUCCAAUAUGUAAAUUUACAGUUGGGAGCUGACUGGCUGGUGCGUUAUCACAUUGCACUUAUCACUGCUUUAUCACUACUCCAGCUAUAAAGCUAUCACUUCUCUUAAUACAUCUGUCCCAAGUUUGGGAGGAAGAUCAGCUCCAGGCUUGCAGCCUCUUAGUGCCAAAUUGGGAGAACAAUAGGAAAAGGGGCACUCUGCCUAUGUUGAAAUUGAAAAUGUACAUUCAUUCAAAAAAUGGAAAAUAAAGUUUUAGAUCCUGGAAAAAAAAGAACCAUAUAAUAACAUAAAGCCAUGCAAUGAAGUACAAAUGAUGAGGAGGAAGGAACAUGUAAUAACGCUAUUCAGAAAAGUAUUGAGGGUACAUAAAACAAAAAAUUUAAAUAAACGUUGGCAACCAAAAAAUGUUUUCCUCCAAGUAACAUAAAUAUAGUAAGCAUGUAAGAAUUCCACAUCUGAUAUAGCAUUGAGGUAACCCUCUAGAGCAGGGGUGGCCAAAAAGUGGUCCUCCAGCUGCUGUUGAACUACACACCCCAGCAUGCCCUGCAACCUUUUAACAUGGCCAAAUAGCAUAACUGUGGAAGGGCAUGUUUGGAUGCUGGAGGGCCGCUUAUUGGCCACCCCUGCUCUAGGGUAUACUGAUAGAAAUUUAAUGUCACAGAUGGAAAAACAUAUGAAAGAGGAUUUUAACUCAAUCAGAUAUAUUUAUUUAUUUAUAUUGACCAACAGCAGAGAAAUAUCAAUAUUAUAAAGUGGCUGCCACAGUAUAAAUGACAUGGUAUAUGAGUAUCUGGUACGUAAUCUGUGCUUUUGCCCAUGUAAACACGUAGUUUAAUUAAAUAAAAAAUGACCCUUGAUGGAAACACAGCUACACCUGAAAGAAGCAGGUACAGUCAGGGGAAACCCUCAUGUAUACAGCGCAAGGUCAAAUGUCAAUGGUGUGUGUCCUAUGAGAGUACCCCAAAAAAGUUUAUAGAACUGAUGGAUAGAGAUUCAUAGUGUACCCCAGAAUAGCAUGUGCAGGAAUGCUGCUUCACACUGUGUAUGGGGAAAUCCUUUAGGGAACACAGAGUGAACGAUUCACAUCACAGCACCUGUGGUUACGGAAUAAAGAUAGUAUAUAGGUACAAGUGUGGCCUGUUACAAAGGCAUUGCAGGUCAUAUAUACCAGAUUAUGGACACCAUAAAACAAAAGUUUACCUGAAUGUAAAGGGUGUACCUGAUUGAAGUAGUGAAGCUCCAGUCUUAGUUAAUUUAGAUUGCCGACCGGGGUGGGGGGUGGGGUGAGGAGACCCUCUUUUUCACAGUGGAUUUCCAUGUCCGAGAUGUGCGUUUCACCGCAGCUUUCUCAGUCGGGGACAGGAGGGGGACAGGAGGCAACAAGAGAUCCUUUUCCUAUUGUACUCCCAUUUGGCUCUCAUUCAUACUCUCAAGGAGCACCUCCACACCAAGGUUUAUCCUAUUAAUCUGCAGCAAGUGGACAUUCAUAUGUUACCUUGGUAUAUAUUUAUUUAUUUUACCAAGGGAUACCAGUGCUCUGUAACUAGCUUCCCUUUUCCCCUACCCUUGGAUUUAUAGCCUCUUCGUGCUGUCAGAAACUGAUACAUCGACAUGCCAGUAGGGGCUAUCCGUCUCUACCAGCCACAUUUUCCACUGUGGUUGUUUGAGGUCUAUACCCACUGUGAUAUUAGCAAUGUCUCUAAACUGAUAGUGGUUUUUCACUGCAUACAAAGUAUGUAUAUAUGAGCAUUCCCCUAGAACUCAUUAUAAAAUUUAGUGAGCGCUGCUUGGAGUGUGGAGAUGGACUCAAAGUGAGCAAACACUUGUCAGAAAGCGGGCCAAUGUACAGGUCCAUCACGUAAAUGAUAUAUUUGGAAGCCUGACAUCACAGAGUGUUUGUUAUGUUUCAGUGCGUAUUAAAUUAGCUGUUUAAGCCCUGUGUGCAUAAGCCUUAGUAAGUGCUUUAUUUCCAACUUAAGGCCCCUGAAAAUGUAUAACCAUGAUUUGUAAAGCAUCUUACAUAAUUAGCAAACCUGUAAUAAUCAGUGAGGGUAUAUGUAUCUUAAAUUAAUGGGUUGAGAUCUAUUUAACGAUACAAAUUAUAGUAGAGAUGUUUAUGUAUAUAAAAUACCUCUUUAUACUUAU